AUGUUUUCGUUGGAAACGCUCUGGAUAAGUGUGGGAGCAUGGCUGGUGCCCGACGAGUUUUCGAUAGGAUGCCUUGUCUCGUGGAACACGCUACUGGUGGGAUACGUAGACAAUGAAGAAGCCGAGCUAGCGCUAGAAAGCUUCGCGAGCGCUACUACAGCGGAUGCCUUUAAGUUUGUCGCUGGUUUGAAGGCCUGCAGUGGAUUGAAAGAAGAAGCCACAAGCUUUGACGGGAAGAUGGUGAUAGUGGAUUCUCUGGAGAAGGGGAUGGCGAUUCACAUCCAGGCCGCGGAGAAAGGAUACGAGAGGGACGAGUUUUUGUCGAACACUCUCAUGGACAUCUAUGCCAAGUGUCUCAGCAUGGUGGAGGCUGAGAGAGUUUUCAGGAGCAUGCCUUGCCACAGCCCGGUGCUCAUGCUGGGAUACGUGGAUAACUCGCAAGCAGAGGUAGCUUUGGAUUUGUUUUCUCAGAUAAAAAACAGUGGCUUGUUCCAGAUGCUAUGGCUUUAG